AUGCAAGCCGGGUGGAACCCGGAAAACCGACAGGGGACUGUUAAACUCCUAGUGCGCACGGGUGAGUCCGGCGCGAACGCCUCGGCGCAUGAUAUUGCCCUUAUGCCCUCUGUGGAUGCGCCUGUUCAGGGGAUCCAGUUGAAAACUCAGUUUCCUCCAAUGUGGGCGAACUCACAUGUGAAUCCGAGGCCGCCCCCCAACACAGUAAAUUACACCGCCGAUCAUUGUACACACGUUGUGCGCUCGACAGCACACCACCUUGAUCUGCAGUCCAGAUGGGCGCCAGCUUCUGUUGAGAAAUCUGACGAGCAGGAUUUCCGGCCACUCACGCCACCCCCAGACCAUCCAAACCUGCUCCUGCUCCUGACCCGCAACCCCGUCGAUACCCCAGAGUUCCAGUUUGAGAGAACAGGGCAGGAGACUUAA